ACGUUUCCCUUUGAAUAUUCGUGGCCGACACGCAGGGAGCGUUCGCCAACAAUAUUUCAUAUAAUUUUACUAAAUUUUCAGGAUGUCCCGAAAGAAGGAUUUUGAGGAAACUGAUAAGCAAACUCGUAUUGCUAUCGUCAGCGAUGACAAGUGCAAGCCAAAACGUUGUCGCCAGGAGUGCAAGAAAUCGUGUCCUGUCGUACGAAUGGGUAAACUUUGUAUUGAAGUAGGACCGUCUUCGAAAAUAGCAUCACUUUCGGAAGAGUUGUGCAUUGGUUGUGGUAUUUGUGUUAAGAAAUGUCCAUUUGAAGCCAUUACUAUUAUUAAUAUUCCAAGUAAUCUGGAAAAACAUACCACUCAUCGUUAUGGUAAAAAUUCCUUUAAGUUACAUCGUUUGCCUAUACCAAGGCCGGGUGAGGUUUUAGGUCUAGUUGGUCAAAAUGGUAUUGGUAAAUCAACUGCUUUGAAAAUUCUUGCUGGCAAGCAAAAGCCUAAUUUAGGUAGAUACACCGAUCCACCAGAUUGGACUGAAAUUCUUGCCUACUUCCGUGGCUCUGAGUUGCAAAACUAUUUCACAAAAAUUCUUGAAGAUAAUUUAAAAGCUUUAGUCAAACCACAAUAUGUGGAUCAAAUUCCAAAAGCUGUGAGGGGUGCAGUAGCUGAUUUGCUCGAGAAAAAGGAUGAGCGCAAAAACCAAGAAGAAAUAUGUAAAAUGUUGGAUUUAAUGAAUAUACGAGACCGUAAUAUAGCGGAACUUUCUGGUGGAGAGUUGCAACGUUUUGCUAUUGCAAUGGUGUGCAUACAGGACGGAGAUAUAUUCAUGUUCGAUGAACCUUCUUCAUAUUUGGAUGUUAAACAGCGUUUAAAUGCUGCCUUGACUAUACGUCAUCUCUUGCAUCCAACUAAAUUUAUUAUUGUAGUUGAACACGAUUUAUCAGUUUUGGAUUAUUUAUCCGAUUUUAUAUGCUGUUUAUAUGGCGUACCAGGCUGUUAUGGUGUCGUUACUAUGCCUUUCUCAGUGCGUGAAGGCAUUAAUAUAUUUUUAGAUGGUUUCGUGCCAACGGAGAAUAUGAGAUUCCGUACUGAAUCUCUAACGUUUAAGGUUUCGGAAUCUGCUACUGAAGAAGAAAUUAAGCGUAUGAAUCAUUAUAUUUACCCUGCCAUGACUAAAACACUAGGUAAAUUUACGCUCCAUGUUGAAGAGGGACAUUUCAGUGAUUCUGAAAUUUUGGUAUUAUUGGGUGAAAAUGGUACUGGAAAAACAACAUUUAUACGUAUGCUUGCUGGCAAUUUACAACCUGAUGCUGGUACUGAAUUGCCCGUUUUAAAUAUCUCCUAUAAACCACAGAAAAUUUCACCAAAGUUCUUAAAUCUUGUACGACAUUUAUUGCAUGAGAAAAUACGCGAUGCUUAUGUGCAUCCACAAUUCAUUGCUGAUGUAAUGAAACCUAUGAAAAUUGAGGAAAUUAUGGACCAAGAAGUACAGAAUUUAUCUGGUGGUGAAUUGCAGCGUGUUGCAUUAGUUUUGUGCUUAGGUAAACCUGCUGAUGUCUAUUUGAUUGAUGAACCUUCAGCUUAUUUGGAUUCUGAACAGCGUCUAGUUGCCGCAAAAGUUAUAAAACGUUACAUUCUACAUGCGAAACGUACUGGUUUCGUGGUGGAGCACGAUUUCAUUAUGGCCACAUAUCUUGCUGAUCGUGUAAUUGUGCUAGAAGGUCAACCUUCGAUCAAUACAACCGCUUUUUCACCACAAUCACUACUUAAUGGCAUGAAUCGCUUCCUUGAAUUGUUGGGCAUUACUUUCCGCAGAGAUCCAAAUAACUUUAGACCACGUAUCAAUAAAAAUAAUUCCGUUAAGGACACUGAACAAAAACGUUCCGGUCAAUUUUUCUUCUUGGAAGAUGAUGCUAAUUAAAAGAUAUUGGUAUUUUUAAUUUUAUUUUAUUUUUUCAAAUAUAUAAUAUAUAAACUGUUUUACACAUUUUGUAAUUUUAUAUAUUAAUAUUAUGUGCUUUGUAUGUUUAUAAAUUAUUUUACAUUUUUAUUUCUGUUAUAUAAAUUGAAAUAUUAAAUUAGAUUAUGUAAAAAAAAUAUUGUACAUUUUCAAUAGAAAAAAUUCAAUCAAAACAAUAGUUAAAUAUAAUUUUUUAUUUAAUUUGAUACAAAG